AUGAAAGAUAUUUGGAAAUCAGCAAGAAAAGGUGAUUUAGCAAAGAUUAAAAAGUAUAUACCAGGCACAAAAUUUAAAGUUGAUGAAUUAGAUAAAGAGAAUAGAUCAAUUCUUCAUCAUGCGAUUGAUGGUGACCAAUUACAAAUGGUAAAUUAUUUAUUAGAACAAGGUGCAAAUAUAAAUUUAAAAGAUCCUAAAUCUGGUGAUACUCCAAUUUUAAUGUCAUUAAAAAAAAUUAAUGCAAUUGAUAAACAAGAAGAUAUUGCAAUUUUAUUAGUUAAUAAAGGUGCAGAUUUAGAUGUUGAAUCAAGAGAGAGAAAGAAUGUUGAAAGAUAUGUUGAUGCAUGUCCAAAACGUUUUCAAAUAAAGUAUAAAGAUGCAAUUACACAAAAGUUUAAAAAUAAAUAUCCACCAAAGGCAAUUGCACCAGCAAGUCCAGCUACUCAAGUUCUUUUAGCGCAAACUGCAGGUUUACCACCACCUUCACCAAAACCAAAUCCACCACCACCACAACAGCAAGAAAACACUGCUACAUCAUCAAUUAUAUCAACUGUCGAACCAAGACCAUAUGUAAAUUCAAAUGGUGAAACAGUUGUAAGAUCAACUAAUGAAAUGGAUUUAAUUUUACAAGAAUCAUUGUUAGGUGAUGAUUUUGAUAAAGAACAAGAUUUGAAUAUAAUUUGGAUGGAAGUUGCAUUUAGAGCAUCAAUCGUUUCCAUUAGGUCUGAGAAAGUUAGAUAUGACGAUAUCACCAAAGCCACCGAUCAAUGUGGUAAUAUUUUAAUACAUUUGCUAUCAAUCAUUGGUAAUUCAGAGACAACAUCGUUCAUGGAGACUGUAAAGAAUCAAGAAGCUGUAAACUCAAUUCAAGAACGUGUUAAAAACGUUAAGGAGGGUAUCAAACUCCGACUGUUCUCUAGAAUUGAUCAUUCUGAAUUAAUUAGAUUAGUUGCAGCUUUAAUUGGUUCAUUACAUUGGAUUUACAAUUGCUGGUCAGAGGUCCCACAAGACGAUAUCAAUAGAUCAAUUGCCGAAUGUGCCUUGUCAUGUCGUGUUGCAAUGAAUUCAGUUACAACUCAUACACCAUUCCAGUUGGGUGUUUUAACAAAUAUUGCAAAACUUUUAAAAAAUAUUUCAACUAAAGUUUUCAUUACUCGUACUCCAGAGGAUGCAAAGAAGUUAUCAGAUUCUUGUUUUGUUAUCUCUUCAACUUUUAAAUCAUUAAUGGUUCUAUCGGUAGUGAAUGAUGUCAAACAAAAAUCAGCUGAAAAUAUCAUCUCAUUAGGUCGUUCAAUCGCCGAACAAUUAUCAAUAUUAAAAUUACAAUCAACUUCAAUCUUACCUUCAAGAGUUGGUCAAAAUUUAUCAUCAAAAGAAGAACGUGAGUUAAAUGAAUCUGCUUCAAAUCAAUUACGUUCAUCAAUUGAUUAUUAUAUUUCAAAUAAUAAAUCUGAUACAACUACUACUACUACAACUACAACUACAACUACAAAUAGUGAGAAUAAUAAUAUUACAGAUUUAAUUUCAUCACCAAAAAGAUUACCAAAAGAAGAUAAAACAUUACCAUUAUUAGCAAAUAUUGAAAAAUCAAUUUCAAUGUUAAUGGGAUUUACAACUGAAGAUAGAAAUAUUCAAAUGGCAAUUCCAGUUCAUAUGAUUGCAAAGGAUAUUCAUGAACUUAGAACUAUAUUAUUAGAAUACAUUAAAGAACAAUCUGAUAGUUUAUCUGAAGAAUUUAAAGAUCAAAUUACAAAUGCUAUCAAUUGUUCUGCUCAUUUUUCAACUCAACAAUUAUUCUCUGUAUCUGCUUUAAUUUGUCAUAAUAGAAUUACUGAUAUCUCACAAUUAGGUUAUUCUUCUCGUAAUAUUGCUGCUUGUUGUUGUAUUUUAAUUGAUUCAUUCUGUUUUUAA